AUGGCGGUGGAGAGCCUGUUCAACCGGCCGGUGUGUGUGCAACUGCGCUGCCAGGGCUGCGAGGAGAGGAGGUUAAAUGUUCGAGUGACUAUCGAGCUACUGUCGAUUUCUAAUCCCGUCCAUAAAAAGGAUUUAGCUGUUAGAUUGACUGAUGAUACUGAUCCUUUUUUCCUUUAUAACCUGGUCAUAUCUGAGGAAGAUUUUCAAAGUUUAAAAUCCCAGCAAGGUCUCUUGGUAGACUUCUCUGCUUUUCCACAAAAAUUUAUAGAUCUGCUUCAGCAAUGCAUUCAAGAACAGAGCAAAGAUAUGCCAAGGUUUUUGCUGCAGUUAGUUUCUUCAGCAUCUGUUCUAGAUCACACACCUGUCUCUCUGAAUGUAGUGGAAACCAACCCUUUUAAACAUCUUACCCAUCUCUCUCUCAAAUUCCUACCAGGAAAUGACACAGAAGUAAAGAAAUUUUUAGCCAGCUGUUUGAAAUGCCUUAAGGAGGACAAAACCAAUUUGGAAGAAAAACUUAGAAAGACUGAGGAGGAUCUUACCAAACAACUUAGCUACACUCAGCAGAACUUGUCUGAGAAGAGCCGAGAAUUAGACAAACUGAAAAAUGAAUGGAACUCAUACACUACAGCUCUGACAAACAAACACACACAGGAGAUGACAAAUGAAAAGGAAAGAGCUCUCCAGGCACAAGCUCAGUACCAACAACAGCACGAACAACAGAAGAAGGAGUUAGAAAAUUUGCAUCAGAAAAGUAUUCAGCAAUUGCAGAACAGACUUUCAGAACUUGAGGUCAUCAAUAAAGAUCUAACAGAAAGGAGAUACAAAGGAGACUCCACAGUCAGAGAACUGAAAGCAAAGCUUUCUGGAAUAGAAGAUGAAUGUCAAAGAGCAAAGCAGGAGGUGAUGUCACUGCGUCGGGAGAACACCACUCUGGAUGCUGAGUGCCAUGAAAAGGAGAAGCUCAUUAAUCAGCUACAGACACGGGUUGCUGUCCUGGAACAGGAGAUCAAAGAUAAAGAUCAGCUCAUUGUUAGAACCAAGGAAGUGUUAGAUGCCACCCAAGAACAAAAGGCAAUACUGGAAGAAAGUACUGAGAAAAAACAAAGUCAUGUUGAGAAGCUAGAGUCAACAAUUAAGUCACUGUCAGCUGAACUUCUUAAGGCUAAUGAAAUUAUCAAGAAGUUACAAGGAGAUCUGAAAACUCUCAUGAGUAAAUUAAAAUUGAAAAAUACAGUAACAAUCCAACAGGAGAAACUACUGGCAGAGAAAGAAGAGAGACUGCAAAAAGAGCAGAGAGAUUUGCAGGAGAUGGGACAAUCCCUUCGAAUGAAAGAGCAGGAGGUUUGCAAGCUGCAGGAACAGCUCGAAACUACAAUGCAAAAGCUGGAAGAAAGUAAGCAGUUGCUGAAAACCAAUGAAAAUGUAAUCACAUGGUUAAACAAACAGAUGAAUGAAAUUCAGAUGGCAAAGAAGCUGGAGAUUCCUGCUGGUGCUCAUGGUGGUGUUAGGACUGCCAUUUCACCUCAUGGCAUGCCCGACCGGCCGUUCUUUCCCAGCUCAGGAAUCAGUCCCCACGCUUCUCCUCCAUACUCCUUCCAGAGCCUUCCAGAACCAGUGCACAACAAAAAUAUCACUUCACAGUGUGCAGUACCAAAGAUUCAGCUUUCCAGGAUGAAUCGAUGUUCAGAUGGUCAGCCAGUGACUGCAGCUGGCCAUCCAGCAAACAAGGAGAAUGGUGGAAAUUUGGGGCUGGAACCAAAGUAUUUGAAGAAAAAAGAUGACAGCAUUCCUUUACGAGGGCUCAGCCAAAAUACACUUAGCUCAGAGUAUCUGAAACCUUACCUAUCAACAAAAGCCCAACCAUCACCCAAAGCUGCAGGAACACCUGCCUCAGCUUAUUUUCCUGGAUAG